CAGACGGCAGGGACUCGGCGGGGAAGGUAAGCGCAGCCGUCCACCCGUGAAGCAGACGGAUUUCCCGGCCUCUUGUUUCAUCUCCACCUUGAGGAGUUUAAACGCUUUACAUGGAAUUCAUAGCAAAGUCGCUACUGAAGUGAAAGGUGAAAAACAUUGUCCCCGAGGACCCGGGUAGAAGCAGCGUUUAAAGCCUGAUCUCACGCCCCCAAAUCAGACCACUCAGGUCGCUUUCACUGGGAAGGUGAUUUUAAUCACUUUUUAGGGGUCCAAGGCAGACCACAGUUCUGUGCCGAGCAGACCGCAGACGCGCCUGGUUUGCGCGCGCGCCAUGAGCCGGGAGGAGCCCUUCCGCGGGGAGCGCGGCUGCGAGCGGGGCCGGCCGGACGCGGGCGCCUACGCUGCCGACGGGAAGCCCGGCGAGCUGCCGCUGGCCCGGAGGCUGCCCCGGUGCUUCCGCUACAAGGCGUGGGCCUCGUCGGUGCUGACGGGGAGCUGCCUUCUUGUCACCUCGGGGUUUUCUCUCUACCUGGGAAAUGUGUUUCCUUCCGAAAUGGAUUAUUUGCGCUGUGCUGCAGGUUCUUGCAUUCCCUCGGCAAUUGUCAGCUUCGCUGUUUCCAGGAGAAACGUUUCCGCGAUCCCCAACUUUCAGCUGUUACUUGUCUCCACUUUUGCCGUCACAACCACGUGUUUAAUUUGGUUUGGAUGUAAACUCGUGCUGAACCCGUCGGCGAUAAACAUAAACUUCAACCUGAUUCUGCUCCUUCUGCUGGAACUGCUGAUGGCGGCCAUGGUCAUCAUCUCGGCUCGCUCCGGCGACGACGGCGGCCAGAGGCAGGAGGGUCCCAUAUCUGAUGGCACCAACAUUUUGGAGGAAGUAACCUUUCCUGCGCGGGUCCUGAAAUCCUAUUCAAUCAUUGAGGUCGCCACUGGUGUUUCGGCCGUCCUGGGCGGGGUCAUCGCCCUGAAUGUGGAUGACGUGGUCUCAGACCCACACCUCUCAGUGACUUUCUUCUGGAUUUUAGUGGCUUGUUUUCCGAGCGCCAUCGCCAGUCACGUGACCGCGGAGUACCCCAGCAGAUGUCUGGUGGAGGUGCUGGUCGCCAUCAGCAGCGUCACCUCCCCCCUGCUGUUCACAGCUUCGGGGUAUCUGUCGUUUAGCGUAAUGAGAAUCGUGGAGAUCCUUAAAGACUAUCCACCAGCCAUAAAAUCCCACGACGUGCUGCUGCUGCUGCUGCUGCUGGUGCUGCUGCUGCAAGCCUGCCUAGCCACGGGCACCGCCGUGCAGUGCGUGGCCUUCAAGGUGGACGCAAGGCUGCGGGAUGCGCCCUGGGACGCUGCGCCGGCUGGCGGACAGGAGCACCCCACUGGGGAGGUGGCCAGAAACCCUCUGCAGGAGUUUGACAAGGACAAGGCCUGGAGAGCUGUGGUGGUGCAGAUGGCCCAGUGAGCGCAUACAGGGAAACCGAGGCACAGGACUGGCCUGACCCUGGCCACAUGAAGAGCUCAGAUGCUAGAGCAGCAGACCGGGUUGCAAGUUAGAGUUCUAAUUCCUUAGGGUUGUUUAAUUUAAUAUGAUUUUGUGCUUUAUCUGAGUAGUCAAUGCGGAACUGCCACGCUGGCCUGGAACCCUAGCUGCAAGCAGAGUGGGGUGGGGGAAUGCCCUGGGCCUGCUCGGUGGCCCCAGGAAGGCUCAUUGGUCCUGCCUGGUGUGCACCUCACGGGGCCGCGGUCCCCAUGCCCACUCCCUGCUGUGCAUGAGCUCACCCCGGUUUUGGAAUCCCCAGUUCACCUGGGCAUGUGCUCAAUGCAGAGUGGAGUCUGAGUUUAAACACUCCGGACCUUUCCCUUCUGAGAUGUGCAUCAGCCGGGAGCGCAGACUGUGCAGAGUCACUUCCUCGAUCAUCCAAGCAAGGCCGAGCCAUGCUUGUCCCAUGCCCUGAGCCGGCCCUGUGUCUCUGGAGGUCCUGGAGUGGGGGGCGGGUGUCUUCCUGCCCUCAGAUGCGGCACCCUCACCCCUCGCCCCACACAGAGUCCAUGUGUCUGUGUUUCCCUCUCAUCACCUUAGCUAAGCCCAGCCAUUCCAGAAGGAUCCACACUUGCCCCCUCGUGCUGUGUGUGUGAACACCCAUCUUGGCGUGGAUGCCCCGAUGCGCCGUGGGCACUCGUCAUUGAGUCAUCCUAGCUUCCAAGACCUCUUUAGAAAUCUGCUGUAAAACUGGUGUCCCAAGUCCUCCCAGCAGGAGUUUGGCAUGGAGCCGAGUCCGAGGCUUCCAGGCUCCAAUUCGACGGCAUCUCCAGGUCUCGUCGGCCUCGGCGUCCCACUCAGCACUCAAGCCAGAGGGCCCCUGGGCUGCCCUCUGGAGCCCUCCCCGAUGGGGCCGCCCUGGGGCUCCUGGCCGUCUUCUCUUCCUAGCCCUUGGCCAACCUGGGCCUCAUUCAUGGCGGUCUGGCCCGGCCCGCAGCCCCUCGUGUCUACGGCCACCUGGGUCUGCCCGAUGCUGUGAAUUGUUUUGAGACCAGCAUUCCAGUGGUGCCGUCCCUCGCAAGGUCACAGUCGAACACGGGCGACCCUGGCCUGCCAGCAGACCUUCAGCAGUGUUCCUGACAAGUCGGCCAUCAUCUGAAGCAAACAGAAGGCAAGCAGGCAAAACACCUGAAAGGUGUGAAGUGCCAGCAGGUGGAGGAGCGUGAGGGCUCCGGGCCUAACAGCGCUGGGCCCCAGGGUCACAGGCCAGCCCUUCCCCUGUCCGCAGCUCCAGAGGCAGAGAAAGACUGAAGGGCUUUGGCCUGGUCCCCAGACAACCACGACCUGGGUGGCUCUCACCUGCACUCCGCCCAAACUGCAGCCUGGGCCCCUUGCCCUUGCCUGCAGCUCCCUGGCAAGGAGGCCCAGGCAGGGGUCUGCUGCCCACCCCCGCCUCCUGACGACAGGAUGGGGUGGCCGCAGGGACAGUGCGGGGUUCCUCCCGGGGGACCAGAGAGACGGAGUCCUGCAGCCCAAGGCAGCCCCUGGCGGCCAGAACUAGCUUGCACGUAUUUUAGGAAGAGCUGGGAAAAUGCGGUUUUAAAACAUUUAUAAUUGUCUUUUAAUUUACAUUUUGUAUUUUAAUACUGCUUGAACAAUAAAUAAUGCUAACAGUAA